AUGCAUGAAAAUAACAUGUUUAGGAGAUCUGGAUUUCCGGUACGGUGGUGGAGAUUCCCAACCACUGUGAAACUCAGUAUGCGCGUGCUGAUGCUGAGUAAUUGCGUUCUUGUUAUGUUCCUUGAGUAUGAUAAGGAUCUACGAACAAAGAGGUUGGAGAUCGGUGUUGUUGCGAUAAGAGGGAGCGUUGAUGAAGAUGAAGAAAAGGUUCUUGAGUCAAGGAGGAGAAAGAUUCAGAAUGAUGGUUAUGUGCAGGAUGCGAGGUCCAGUUUUUGUAAUGACCAGUAUGAAGCAUGGCAUUUAGUGGUGAGGAUGGACAUGGAGAUGGAUCCGUAUGGCAUGGCAUGA